AUGGGUCUUGAACCCAAUGAAUAUUUCACAAAUGAGGUGUUGAUGAAGACAUAUCGGAUGCGGUCAGAGCCAGAUGAUUCUGAUCCCUUCUCCUUUGAUGGACCAGAAAUUAUGAGUUGCACAGGGUGUCAGGUAGACUGGAAAAAAGGGAAAAAUGUUACUUUGAAAACUAUUAAGAAGAAGCAGAAACACAAGGGACGGGGGACUGUUCGAACUGUGACAAAAACAGUUUCCAAUGAUUCUUUCUUCAAUUUCUUUUCUCCUCCUGAAGUCCCUGAGAGUGGAGACCUGGAUGAUGAUGCAGAGGCUAUCCUUGCUGCAGACUUCGAGAUUGGUCACUUUUUACGUGAGCGUAUCAUCCCAAGAUCAGUAUUAUACUUCACAGGGGAAGCUAUUGAAGAUGAUGACGAUGAUUAUGAUGAAGAAGGUGAAGAGGCUGAUGAUGAGGAAGGGGAAGAAGAAGCUGAUGAGGAAAAUGAUCCAGAAUAUGAUCCGAAGAAAGAUCCAAACCCAGCCGAGUGCAAGCAGCAGUGAGCAGUGUGUGCUGUGGCCUUGAGGUUUACUGCACUGUCCCAGCCUAAACACAACUAGUAGUUACUUACAACCUUAUGUUUUGUAUUUUCUUGGUAGAAUCAAGUAAACAAUUUUUGUUAAAAAAGGAAAAAAAGAAAAAAUGAACGUUUAAGAACCAGUUCAAACUAUAGGUUCAUUCUACCUAGCAUUUUAAUAGUAUACUUUCUGCCGGAUAUGUAGAAUGCAGUGAAUCCCCUAACGCAUAUCCAUUGCUACAUAGUUUGGUUCUUGUGAAGUCUUUUGUCAUGUAGCUAUUAGACUGCAGCUGCAAAAAUUAUCCAAACUGUUAUUUGAGACCAAUAUUGGUUUAGAAAAAAGAAAUCCUUCUGAAGAACCAACCAAAGUAUUUUUUCAGCCCAGUAGUUGAAUGGGUUUAAGUCUGCUUGCACUAGCUGUGCCUUCAUUACUUUGUUAGAGAAAUGCAGUGACUUGUACUAACUAGGAGACAAAGCAUUUUGAAAAUUGAUUUGAGAAGAGACUAGUAUACGGUUAAGAAUUUCCAGUAAGACCACACCUAAUGUUCGUAACUGUCUGCUUGUUUAUGGAUUUUUGUAUUUUAAUGUGACAUAGUGAUCUACAAAGAAACUUAGUCAUCCUAUUAAGGUUAUUGUUUACCAGUGGGGUGUGAAUAAAACCU